CAAGUUCUUAGUGGCAGGUUUUUUCAGGUGUGUGAAGUCUGGUCUCUUUGAUCAAAGCAUUUCUGUAUUUUUCUUGGAAGACAAUUUCACAAAGAAAAGUAACUCACUGAAAAAUGACUGGUCGCGGCAAGGGAGGCAAAGGAUUGGGAAAAGGAGGCGCCAAGCGUCAUCGCAAGGUGCUCCGUGAUAACAUCCAGGGUAUCACCAAGCCGGCUAUUCGCCGAUUGGCCCGUCGCGGUGGUGUAAAGCGUAUCUCUGGCUUGAUUUACGAGGAAACUCGCGGUGUGCUUAAGGUCUUCCUUGAGAACGUUAUCCGUGACGCUGUCACCUAUACCGAGCACGCCAAGCGCAAAACCGUGACCGCCAUGGACGUGGUCUACGCUCUCAAGCGCCAGGGACGCACCCUCUACGGUUUUGGCGGUUAAGCCCUACGCCCUAAAAUCUCUACUUAAUCGAUAACCAUGGGGUUAACUUACAUUCAAAUUACUUGAUCGAAUUGAACCUUAAUCAGUAGUAUUCAACACAAUCUUAACCAGUCGCAUAUUCUAUAAUUCUACAAAUAAACGGACUUAAUAAAUUAAAAA